AUGGAAGAGAAUAACAAUUUUGCGGAAGAUAUGAUUGAUAAAUUUUCUAACAAAGGGAAAAAAGAUGAUGGGAAUAUUUUAAUAUAUACAAAAAAUGAAUUUUUAUAUGUAUAUAUUGAGCUUAUAUUAAAUAAAAGAGGGUUUGGAGAUGAUCAUGAUAUACCCGUAUGCAUCAAUAAAUUUAUUUUUCAAGAUUUAUCAAAAAAUAAAAGAAUAACAGAAGAUGGUAUUGAGGAAGAAGAGGAUGGUAUUAAUGACAGUGGUGAUAAUUAUGAUGAUAUGCAGGAAUAUAAAUACGAGAAAGAGUAUGAGGAUAAAAGAGGAGGAACAUCAGCAACAGGAGAAGUAGCAGAGGGAGGCGUAGGUUUGCAUCAAAAUGAUAAUGAAAGAGAUCGAAACAGAAGUAGAAAUGAUUUCUUUAAUUGGGAAAAUAAUAUGAACAAAAAUAAUUUCGAAGAACGGGUAGAAUCGAAUAAUCCGUCAAGUAAUAUGAAUAAUAAGAGAAGUAAUUAUUUUUUAAAAAAUGGGAAAUAUAAUAAAUUUUUUGAUCCACAUGCUGGUACCUUAGAUAGUACUAAUGGGAAUGGAAAUGUUGGCGGUGCAAAUGUUAACAAUGACAAUGUUAGCGGUUGCAAUAUUAUCAUUAACAACAAUUACAGUAAUAACAACAUAUAUGAAAACAAUAGCAGUAACAGUAACAGAGCAAGCUUUGCAAGGAAAAACAGCUUUCACAUGGACCAUAGUAAUAAUAACAAUGGCAAUGUUAGCGGUAACAAUAACCCUAGUGGUAAUAAUAAAAAGUUCAUAUGGAGGGAGGGUGAUAAGGGCGCAUCGUCCUGGAGGUUCUCAAAGGGAAAUCAUAACAAAAUGAGCGAUUAUGUUGGUAGUAAUGUUGGCAAUAAUGUUGGCAGUAAUGUUGGCAGUAAUGUGGCUAAUGUUGGCAAUAACGUUGGCAAUAACCUUAGCAAUAACCUUAGCAAUAAUCUUAGCGGUAUUAUAGGAGGUAGUGGCAUUAGUAAAAACGAGAUGAAGCAACGAGGAAAUAAAAGCUAUAACAAAAAUUUUAAUAUUGAAAUGAAAAUACCAUCGCCAACUGUUAUGAAUGAUGAAAACGACAAUUACAACAACGAUAUAAUGCGAGUAUCAUCCAGAAAUAGUAGUUACAUUAAGGACAGAAAUGGGAUGCACUUGAAAAGAGAAAGUUUUAUUAAUGAUUAUCAUUAUGUUAACAAAAAUGAAAAUAAUUACACAAAUAAUAGUGGUGGAAACUCCAUGAUACAUUCUAUGGAACACCUUCCUGUGGACACUAACGAUGGAGUAGGUUCCAAGAGUGAUAAUAUAAGAAGAGGAGUAGAUAAUUUUAAUAUGAUAAAUUAUACAAAUGCGACGAAUAAGAAUUUAAAUUAUACUAAUAACUCCCCUGUUUAUUUUAAUAAGGGAAAUAGUAGCACCAUCAAAAAGGCAAAUGAUGUAUAUAGUUACAAUACGGGAAAUGGCGGAAACAAUGGGAACAAUAUGAACGUUAGCAGUGGUAGUAAUAACAACGUACUAAAUGUGGAAGAGUGGAAGUUAAAAAAAUUUAAGAAGGUCAACAACAGUGGCCAUAACAGUGGCCAUAACAGUGGCCAUAACAGCGGCCAUAACAUCGAUAAUAAUACUACUGAAAACCAUCUAAUGACAGAGGAAAAAAUGAAGAGGGGAAGUCGGCAUGAGUACCCAAGCAUGUUUACCAAUAAAAGUAGUAAUGGUCCGAACAAAGCGCAUAUAAAUGCGCAAAUUAGUAUAAAUGAGGGGAGUCUAUACAAUUACAGUCAACAACAGUGCAUAGGGAAAAAUGGUAGCAGCAUGAUGAACAAUAUGAAUGGAAUGAAUAAUAUGAGUGCAAUGAACAAUGCAGGAAAUAGUAGUAGCACCUUUGAUGUGAAAGGGUAUGCAAACGAUGAUAUACAUAGAAACAAUAAUACAAAUGACCAUGCUGAUCCUUUAUUAUUAAAUAGUGUUAAUAGAAAAGAUGCAAAAAAUAAUAUUAUGUUGAACACACAUGAAAUGCAAAAGGGUGUUAUCAGUCAUUUUUCAAAUAACGUUUAUUUUAAUACGAACAAAAAUCUUAAAUUAAAUGAAAAACGAAAUUUGAAAAAUGAAAAAAAUUUUAUCGAGGAUGAUUGGAGUGCUCUUAGAAAAAAAAUAUCUAUAGGUGAAAACAAGAAAGUAACUGAUGAUAUAAUGUGGCACAAGAUGAGUGAACAGUUUGAUAGAAACAACAAAAUUGCGUUAGAUAAAAUGUACACAAAAGGAGAAAACAACAACAAUGACAACAACAAAGAAACUAUCGUGGGUGAUAGCAUAAACAAAUUAAGAAAUAAUGAUAAGGGUGGUGCACUGAAGAAUGAUGUGGACUGCGGUAGUAAAGAGAAGGGAAACAACCUUAAUGGUAAUAACAACAAUAGUAAUAACAAUAGUAGGUGUAAUAGUGGUGCUCCACUGCAGCAGAAAAAUAAAAAAGCAGGAGAUAACAAUGCUAAUGUAUCCCUUAAUAACAGUUUAAAGUCCAGUGAAAAGAAAAGUAUGUCCAAAGUUUGUUCAUCUACGGAGGAUCAUGUGAGUGAUGCAGCCUAUGCACUUGAGGCCAAAAAUAACGACGAAGAAAUUAUCAGCAAUAAGGAGAAAGCAGCAAAUGGUGCAAAGAACAAACUGAACGCAGAAAAAAGUAAAAAAAAAAAAAAAAAAAAAAAUGAGAAAAAUGAGAAAAGCGAAAAAAUAGACAAAAACGACAAAAACGAAAAAAACGAAAAAAACGAAAAAAACGAUAAGGAUAAAGAGAAGGAAAACGAAAUAGACACCGAAGAAGUAACUGUAGCUGAAGGAGGAGGUCAUAGUAGAAAAAUAAAAUCUACCAUGGAAAAUAUUAAUAAUAAUCCUAGGGAAACAAGUAACGAUAAAACAACUAAUGAUAACAAUUCUAAUAAUAUAUAUGAACGUAUUUCUAAUAUAAUAUAUGAAAAUAAUUCCGAUAAAAUGUAUGAAAUUAACUGUAAUAAUAAAAUUCAUCUAAAUGAUCUUAUGCUCGAAAAUAAUAACAUUAACACCAUUAAUAAUAAUAUAAAUAAUGUAAAUAAUGUAAAUAAUAUGAAUAUUGUAAAUAAUAUGAAUAAUAUAAAUAAUAUAAAUAAUAUGAAUAAUAUGAAUAAUAUAAAUAAUAUAAAUAAUAUAAAUAAUAUGAAUAAUAUAAAUAAUAUGAAUAAUAUGAAUAAUAUGAAUAAUAUGAAUAAUAUAAAUAAUAUGAAUAAUAUGAAUAAUAUGAAUAAUAUAAAUAAUAUAAAUAAUAUAAAUAAUAAUAUUAAUUUUAACGAAAAAAAGGAAAUACUUUUUAAUAAAUUAUAUAAUACUGAUCAAACUAAUUUACAGGAUGAACGGAAAAUGGAUGAACGAAAAUGCACAGAUACAAAUCAAUUACACUGUAACAAUGAUGGAGGGGGUGCCGACGGAAUAAACUUAAAUAGGAAUAAUCAUAGCAGUAUUGGCACUGGAAAACAUACGAAUAAGAACAACUACAACCUUGACAAACAUAAAAACAGCAUACCAAAUAACUACUUUGCGGAUAAAGGUAAUCUAAAUGAAAAUUAUAUUAUGGCAAAUAGAAACCUUAAACAUGAUUCAUUCAAAGGGCAUAAUAAAUACAUCGAUGAUAUUAACAGUAGAAUUGGCAACGUGCCUCAAGAAAGUUUGUUACAGAAGAUAAAAAAAAAGAGUAUGUGCAUAGAGGGUAUGAGCAGUAAAAUAAUACCCACGUAUAACUCCAGCAUUACUGGCAAUGUUAAUAGCAUCGCUAAUAGCAACGUUAACAAUAGUGCGUUCAACUUGAGCAUGCAUAACAACAGUGCGUUUGACGGAGAUUCGUUGAAUCCAAAGAAUGUUGCUGAUAAUACUUUCCUGAACAUGUACAUAAACCAGAACAGAAACAGAAAUUUUGUGCAAAUGUCUAACUGUCAGAAUAAUAUGAACGAUCAUUUGUUGGGAAAUAAUUACAAUUAUUUUUUGUCCAACGUAAAUAAUAUGAACAGUGUGAAUAGUACGAAUAAUAUAAAUAUAGAUCUUACUACCAAAGGAAACCUUACGAUGAAGAUAAAUGAAAACCCAGGUGGUAAUGUUUAUGCAAAUGCUAGUCUUAACAAACGAAGUAGUACAUCGAACACUGAUAUAACACGGAAGCAUAUCAAUAAAAAUAUACUUCUUGAUACUAAUAAAGAUAUAAUAAUAGAUAAAGAAAUUUUGAAAAAUAUUGAAAAAAGCAGUUUUAAUUUUAAAAAUAUUCCAGAUAAAAUUAAUAAUGUGGACGAAAAUUUCCUUAACAGACUGAGUGAGAGUGAUAGAAAUGAACUAUUGAAGCGUUUGAUCUUAAGUAAUGCAAAACUUGCGGAUGCGUUGGAAACAGCUGUGCAGGAUGACAGUGUUGCAUUAACUACUAACAGUAACAAUAGAAAUAAUAAUAGCAAUAAUAGCAAUAAUAGCAAUAAUAGCAGUAAUAGCAAUAAUAGUAACAAUAGAAGUAAUAGUGAUAAUAAUAAUAUACACAGUAACAUUAUUUAUAGUGAGAACAAGGAUGAAAUUCAUCCAAACGAGAAAGUAAUUGAUAUGGACUUCAGUGGAAAGAAAUAUAACGCUGUGCAUGUAAACAACAGGAACGGAAUCUAUAUGGCAUCAUCAUAUUACAAUAACGUAAGUGGACACGAAUUAAACCCAUCACAUGAUGAUGCAGAAAGAAAUAGAAAGGAUACGAACGUAAAAAACGUACGUAAUCACAUGAACGGGAAUGGCAAGGCAGGAAUUGAUGUAGCCGCCGUAGGAGAAAGGAAUUGUAGGGGUUCCAUUCUAAGCAUGGGUAGAUGGCUCAACUUUUUCAAGAAUAGUAACAACUCAGGGGAUCAUGCUAAUGUGAAUGCCAGAGCGAAUGCAAACGUGAAUGUACACACGAAUACCAACGCGAAUGUCAAUGUCAACCCGAACACAGUUAAGCAAAAUGCGUUGUUGAACAGAUGCAAACCCAUGUUAGAGAUUAACACCUUGCCAAAUACUACAAAUGGCAACAACGAAUCACUAGUGUGUCCCACUUCUACAGUUUUAGAAGAAAAAAAAAUGAUUAACUCAGCAAGUAGUGCCAAUGUUGGUGCAUUAGUAGGAGCAAAUAUCGUCAAAGGGGCAAACUCAAAGUAUAACCCUUCGACGGUUAUUGUGAAAAAUAGGAUGACAGUGGAUGGUAUAAUAGACUAUAGAAGUGAUACGAAUAACCUGAAUGAAAGAAAUAGUAACAUAACAAGGAAGAUAUUUCAAAAACCAGAUGAUGAUAAAAAUAAAAUGUACGACAGUAAGAUAGACAUGGCUGAGCAGAGUAACGAACACUCCAUUAGUAUGAACAGUCGGAGUAACACAAAUAGCCACUAUAUGUGUAAUAAGGACCUAAAUAUGAUCCAUGGCAUUGCAAGUAGUAGCGCAGUUGGCAUUAAUGGUGUAGUUGACAGUACUAGAAACAAUAGUGGAUUCGUUCAUUCACAUAUCUGCAGCGACGAAGUAACCAAGAACAUUCAAACAAUGAAUAGCAUAAAUAAGAUAUCGGGUGAUAUAUGGCAAUACAAAGAUCCAUCUGGUAUUGUUCAAGGCCCUUUUUCAUCAGAACUGAUGUUUUAUUGGUGGACUUUGAAUUAUUUCCCACAUGACUUACCAAUCCGAUUUAGUGAAAAUAUGCAAUGGAUUAAAUUCAAUGAAAUGUUUCCAGCAGGUACUUUCCCAUUUGUUCUUCCGUUAACUUAUAUGAGGAAAAAACAUUCUUAUAAGGUCAGCACAGAUAAUGAUUAUGAUUUUUACAGCACAGAGUACAAGCAUGUACUCAACAGAUGUGAAGAAACAAGGUCAGCAGGUCGUGAAAAGGAUUUUAUUUUAUUAGAAAAAAAUAGAAAUGUAGAUAGCAACAGUAGUGUCAAGAAGAUUCAAGUUAACACUGUUAUGAAUAGCGGUAUGAACAAUAGCAGCAUGAACAAUAGCGGUAUGAAUAGCAGCAUUGACAGCUGCUCGAACAACCAAUUUUGUAAUGUCGGUUCGUAUGACCAUGCCAGCAGAAAGUGUAAUGUUAUGCAUAACAGAGAAUACAUUAAUUUUUUAAUUGAAAAGAAAGCACAAUUAAAAACAUUGAUAAUGCAUGAAAAUGAUGUAGAAAUAAUUGAAGAAAGAAGAAAACGUAUAGAAGAGUUAAAUAAACUAAUUGAGGCAGAACAACAGAAGAGAAUAAUUUUGAACAAUGAACGUAAUAGUAGCAGUAGUUGCAGCAGUGGUAACCUAAUGCAUGUAGAUAGAAACGACUAUAUAGAUGUUACUAACUAUCAAAUGAAAUCAGCAAGAUUAACAAAUAAUUUGAAGGAUAUAUUAAAUAUUAAUAACAACACACUUGCUAACACCACAGCUACAGCAGCCACAACUGCAACCACAACAACUGCAACUACAACAACUGCAAUAAAUGCAAUAACUGCAAUAACUGCAACUGCAACUACUAUGAACAAUGUAGAAAGUACAACAUUAAACGACAGCAAUCAUAUUAGAGAUUCUAUCAUUUCCACGAGCAAUUUUUUGAGCGAGAAUGAAGUUAGCAAUAAUAGUACAAACCUUAUCAAGUGCCUGACAAACAGUAAUAGUAAAAUUAUUAAUAGUAAUGACAUCUUAAUAAAUGAAAAGCACAACUAUCUUUCUAACGAAUUUUUAGAUAAAAAAGAGAACGAAAUGAGUAAUUACGCAAAUGAAACUGCAACAGAGAACGAUAGAAAUAACAGAAAUAUUUAUUGCAAUGAUAUGAACAAGGUAAUAAAAAGCGAAAUCGAAGUAGAAAAGCAAAAGGCCAUGCAGAUGAGCAUCAAUUUGGUUAAUAGUAAUAUGGUAAGUAGCAGUCUUCCAAGUAGUGGUAUUGCAAGUAGCGGUAUUGCAAGUAGCGGUAUGACGAGUAAUGGUCUUCCAAGCAAUGACUUAACAAGCAGUUGUUUAAUGAAUAAUGACAAUCUUGUGAGUGCAUAUCAUUCGGAUAGCAAUCCUAUUUAUGAUUCUUCUGUUGCUAAACAAAUAAGCUACAAGUUGAAUGUUGAAAAAUAUAAUAAAGCCCAUGCAGAACGGACCGAAGAAGAGAUAAAAAAAAAUGAAAGCUUGUCCACUGUUUGUAAUGAAAAGGAACAAGAAAAUGUAGAAGAACAAAUACUGGAGAAAGGCAAAUCGAUCGCUUCAUCCAAAAAAGACAAAAAAGGUAAGAGAGAUAACAAAAAAUUGAGUAAUGAUAACGAGAAAGAAAAGGAGAAGGAGAAAGAAAAGGAGAAGGAGAAAGAAAAGGAGAAAGAGAAAGAAAAGGAGAAAGAGAAAGAAAAGGAGAAAGAAAAGAGGGAUGAAAUUGAGGAAGCGAUAAAAAAAAGAAAAAGUGAAAAUUCGGAAAAAGGUAAUAAAAGCAUAGAUGUAGGAAAGGAAAAUGAAAAGAAAAAUAAAAACAAAAAAAAAAAGAAAGAUGGUGAAAUUAACAAAAUUAACAACGAAUCGUCUGUGGAGCAAUCAUUGACAGAAGGAAAAACAGUAGAAGUAGUAGAAGAAGGGUUGGAAGAGGGAGACGAACACACUGAAAGGAAAAGCAAAAGGGGGGGAGUUAAGAAAAUAGAAGGUACGAUAAAAUAUGAGGAAAAAAAGAAUAAAGAAAAUGCAAAAAGUGAGAGGGGCAAAAAUGAUACCACGAAUAAAGGUAACCUUAACAGUACAUUUGGCAGUGGUAAUAAAAGUGAAGGUGCUAACAGUACAACUAACACUGCCUCUAAUAGUGCUAAUGGUACUUCGAACAACGGGGCCAAAAAAACAAUGGAGAAGAUGAAGUGGAGUAUAACUGAGGAAAGAAAAAUUGACAAAUUGGUGGAUAUCAUGAAAGGCGAAGAAAAGAGUGUAAACAUGAAAAUUAAAAUGGAAAACACAAAAAAGAAAUUGGCGAAUAGUAGUAGUAGUAGUAGUAGUAAUAACAAUAGCAAUGCGAUUAAUAAUUAUAUUGGAAGUAAUAAUGGUAGUAAUAACAAUGGAAGUAAUACCCUUAAUGGUAGAAAAACAGGGUGGGAUGUUUAUUACAGUAAAAGCGAAAAAAAUACAGAUUACGUAGACUUUCCACACUUAACGACGGGGGCUAAACUAAAUAAAGCUAAGACGGCGAAUAAGAAUUCGCUAAGUAAAGCCAAUACCAAUACUGGUUCAAACAGUAACAAUAACGCUGGUAGUAGUAAUAACUAUAGUAGUAGUAAUAUCAUUUGUGCUCAUCUAACCGCGGAUUGUACGAAUACUGUUAAGAAUUGUGUUGUUGGAAUUGGUACCAGAAAUAAUAAUAACACCAUUAGUAGUGCAGAUUUAAAUAAUAAAAAAAGUAAUGAAAAAAAGAAAUGGAAAAAUGAAAGUGUAGAUACGAAACUUAGUGAGGAGGACAAGAAGUUUCCUCCUCUUACAAAUUCUACAACCAACAAAGUUGAGAAUAAUAAGAAGAAAACAAACUCAUCCGGGCAGGAAUUAACGGAUUUGAAACAGUUGACGAAUUCGUGCAAAUUGCCCCUAGAUGAUUCGCUGUUAAACUUUUUAAAAAAUUUCAAGAAAGCAGAAGAAAUUUAUGCGUUCCUUCAACACAGUAUUGAAGAUAAGAAAAAACUAAAUCAUUUUGCAAAUGAGUUUAUUAAAAUAAGCAACAAAAAUAAUUCGAACAGUAAUCCAAAAAAGAAGAAAAAAGUGUAG